AUGGGAACAUCGGAGGAGGUGAAAGAGAAAGGAGGGGGACAGACCGUUAAGGGCGCGAGUCAACGCGCGGCGCAGGGCCAACUGGAAGCUAUGCUUAGCGAUUUCCCAGGUGGCCCAGUCAUUGCGCAGAGAAGACCACCCCCGGUGGGUUUAGUGCGGUAUGGCUCCAUUGCACUACUGGUCUCGGGUCUUACACCCGAGACCAGGGAGAGCUCCGUUCACCAGGGUAUACCCCCACCGGGCCCCAACCGACCGCGAAACAUGACCACGGCCGGCCGAGACCCGGGCCCCGAGUCCUCCCGGGGAGUGAACAUAUACCGCUGGGUGGGGGGAUGCCGCACCCCACCACUGGGUUCCAGCCCCUUACUGGCCCCUGCACCAGAUGACUCCAGUGCAGGAGUUUCGGGGGUUCCGCGCCUCCGACCUCGCGGACACUCUGUACGUGCUCGCCACUGCGAGGAGGCCCCCUGGACGGUUGGGGUGUCAGCGAGUGGCCCGCUCACCUCCACCUUGCCCGCCAGGGCGACCAGCAUGCACGCGCCUACCCGUCGGUACCGGUAUGGGACCACCCUAUCUAACGGGCGGAGGCCGUCCCACCCGGAUCCCGACUGGGGGCGCCAGGCCCAGGCCUUGGAAUAUGUCCAAGCGGCCCCAGCAUCCCCCCGACCGGCGAGCCCACGCCCUGGAAAUAAGUUCCAGCGGCCUCCCGGCCCCGCCCUGCUGCAUCUACCCACCCUAUUUACUUGCUCACCCAUAAGACACAGACAGGGCUUACUCUCCCUCAGUGUUCCACCAUCCCCCGCCCACCCCUGCGCCAAGCCGCCCGCACCCCGAGAG